GCACUAUGCAAGUGUGUUAUCGGGGAGGCCGUGUUUCAAAUCGCUCGCUUUGGCGGGCCCAUGCGUCUGGUACCGGCGACGCCGGAUAAAUAAUUACAUUUUAAACACAACGACUGAACUGUGUCUUUUCCCGAAAUGGAGACCAAAAAUCAAGAUAUGUGGACUCCAUACAAAGAGCUUCAAAGUGUUGUGGACAGCAUUGUGACUAGAUCAAUGACUGAUCCUCUGAAAGAUUUGGACAACUAUCUUCAGAAACACAAACAAAAUUAUAUUAAUUUACUGAAGAACCCUCCGAAAAAUGCCCAGAGUAGAGAAGAGCUCAAGAAGGGUAUGACAGAAGGUGUCAAUCUGCCAGGGAUGGGUCAUCAAAUUCUUUCCAAAGAUCUAGUAGAUGAAGCAAUUAUACUUUCUGAUAUGUACGAUCUAAAUGAAUAUCAAGCUCUGGACUUACUCUGUACGGCUCAGCGGCAAAUGUCAUUCCAUCCUGGCCUUCCAAGAGGAUUAGUUGCUGUGCUACUAUAUUAUGAUGGUAGAAAAGCUCUCGUCUCAACCUUGAGAACACUUGUUCAGGCAAGAGCUGGUGUCGCAUGGAGCCUGGAAGUCAAUCCUGAAGUGAUUGACUACAUUACUGACUACACUGAUAAACUUAUGGAAGAUGGUCUCAUUAAUAAAAUUCUGAAUCUCUUGGACAGUAUGGAUUUAUCUAAGGAAACAGAAUUGUUGCAGCAAAAUCGUGCUUUUGGAGGUCCCAAACAUAAUCGUCAGGUUGUAGAUCUUCUGGAAGGAACAAAACAAAUUCUUGCGGAUAUAGUGUACUGCUGGGCUGUACAAUGUGGAUUGCCAAGAGAACCAACAGUGAGACUCAUUCAACAAUUAAGACGGACCAAGCUGGAGGAAGGUUCAACUGGAGGGAUAGAUGGUGUAACUCUUUCUCUGCAAAUGGCACUUCUUUGUGCAUUGGAUUUGAGCAUUCUCCAGAGGAGGGAAGAUGGUGAAGAUGCAGUUCAGUUGUUACCCCUUAUGUCAGACCCAGACUUUUUACCAGUUCUGCACCGGGAGCUCACUCACAACUCGGUUUCCUGGGAAUGUGAGGGAUUGCAAGCUCUCACCUUCUUAGCUUGGGGCCUAGUUCUUGCCACAAUUCGCUCUCACCAUAGUCAACCAACCCAAGGAAUGUUAGAUGAAGAUGACUCACUUAUAAACUCUGCUGUUAACUUGGGUGUGUUUGAUUUUUUGCAACGCACCUUUCUGGAAAAUGCCACAAUUUUCAAAGAGGAAAUGUACAUGAGACGCCUUCACAGUUUGGUCACUGACUUCAUUGUUUUCAUGCCUUUAAAAGUGAAAGAAUUGCGAAGCCGGGCUGAAGAUGCGGCUCGCACUGUCCAAAGUUAUGCUCAGCAAGGAUUGGAACCUCCUCCUAAUCUACCGCAUCAUUAUGAGCACCUUAUGCUGACUAUUUCUCGUUUGUACCGUGAAGAUCCCUUAAACUUAGACUUGGUACUUGAUUAUUGGUGCCCUACUGAGAGUACAACAUCUUCAGCUUUUCCCUAUCGAUCGAACUCCAGACAGGUCUCAUUGUUUAAAUUUGUUCGAGGGUCUGCUGAUAAUCUAUCCCCGUCACUGUAUGUUGCCUACAUGAAAAUGUUAUGUAGCUUAUCUUCAACUCAACAAGCUGCUCGACACUGCUACAAUCUCUUGAAACAAAAUAGUCCAGCAAAUGGUUGUGUUAUCUCUUGGGAUCACUUUUUCACAUCUCUUAAUAGGUACUAUUUUAAUUUGAGGCAAGAACCUAUUUCGAAAGCUGAUACUGUUUAUCAUCGCCCUAUUCAACCCCGAGGAAUUACACCACAAGAGAUUCAGGGCUUGCAAGCUGUAUUGAGUCUCAUUCGGGCUGUUGCAGAACAUGAUGAAGUCUCUCGAGCUGCAAUUAGUGAAAACCCCACUUGGUCUCCUCUGGUUGUCUUACUUGGACUAGUCAGCUGUUCUGUUCCUGUCAUACUGAAAGCUGAUCUUUUACUAACAUUGGCUGCUCUUGCUAAUGCACCGGAUACUGCAGCAGCACUCUGGGUGUCUAUGGAAGCUGCACAGAUUAUUUGCACUGUUCCAUCAACAAGUACUUAUCAGCCCAGAGGAGUUCAAACCGAGUUGGAGGAUAUUGAAUCCCCAGCUGAAGAAUUUCCUUUGACCAGAGCAGUUCUUAAGCUCCUAGAUGUUCUCACUACUUGGCCUGUGCCACGUUUGCUUGGUGUUGGAUCAAGAUCACCUGGAUUCUACCCGUACCUCAGUUAUGUGCUUCAUUCUGUUUUCCUGAAAGCCUGUUCCCGGAAAUACAAACAGCCCCAGGAAAAGUGGGAAAUACUUCAUAGCUGUUUGAAUUUAUUGGUAAAGUUCUUAAAUCAAUAUGACCCCGAACCUGAAGAUUUUCCUGGAGCUAGUGUUGAUCUUCAAGGUGGAGGCCCAUCGCAAGUUAACCCACCACCAGGAUUCCAUCUGAUGAUCGAGCUUCACUCCAAACCAUCUGAAUUACUGCGCCACAUACUUGAUUUACUGGAGGAAGGAUGUGGCUAUUUAGACUCUUAUGCUCCUUUCCCUGGCAAGGAGGCUCUUGAAGCCAGCAUGCUUGGAUGUUUGCAGUUACUUGAACGAGCCUUAGGGCUUCAACAGCGCUUCCACAUUCUCCAUAGCAGCCUGAACUCUAAUUUGCUGUUGACUGGACUCAGUCGUCUUCUGUUAGGUCUCAACUCGCGCACAAAGAAGCCUGAUUUUCUUGUUAGUGUGGGAAAAUAUGUGACGUACAACAAUUGGUUGCCACGCCACGCCUUUGCUGCUGUGCACAUUUUAUUGGCUGUCUCCUCAUAUCCCACUGCUGCUGGACAGCUUGUAGACAUGUUCACUUCAAGCCCAAGCUUAGAGCUGGAGAUACGCCAUGGCUUUGUUGAGUGCCUCGAGGCUGAAGAAGAAAGCAGUGAUGAAAAUGAGCCUGGCGAAGAAAGCGGCAUCAUCCUGAAAACUAAAGAGGCUAUCCUGAAAUUGAUGCAAUCUUGCUUAAAUCAGGCUCCACCCAAUAUAUCUCACUAUCUGCUUGGCUUUCAACGGACAAAAGACAUCAGCAAGACUGUGUUCCAGCAGCCUGGUGUGAUGGGUUUUCCUCGAACAUGUAUGCAUUCUCUUCUAGCAAUGAUGGAUACUUCCCUUAAAUCACGCCAUGUGCAAUCUAAAAUUUCACCCAGUGCUACUGCACAAGCUAAGCUUUUGGAAGCAGCUUAUGGGCUACUGUACAAUCUGUGUGCUGGUAGCAAAACAGGUCAGCCUGUUCUUCGCUUUUUACGUACAUCUAACAAUUUCUUAGCAAGACAUCUUGCUGCUCUGCCAUUCUCUGGUACCCAAAGUGCUCCUGAACUCAACCAGAUGUCAUGGCUGCUGAAGAUGGUUGCCAUUGAAUUGAAAGCUGCUGCAACUCGGUCACAGCACUCAAAUUUGGCGUCACUGGCAAGGAUUUUGCUGAGUUCCCAUGAAGAAAAGGUUCGGAGUACCCUCUUUGAAGUUGAGGAGCUUCCCCAUAUUCCUGAUAUCACAAGACAUUCCAACUUUGGAGAUGGUGAUAAUAAACCAUAUGACCGCCUGAUGCUGAAACUUCUUGCUAUACUUGAUACUUCUGCUGAAAAUUUAUCUACACCAAAUUGGGAAUUCUUUGAUCCUAAGAAUGUUGAGGAGGUAUUUUCCAAGUGUGAAAGCACAAUGGCCCCUGGGUUAAAGUUAGUGGAUGUCAAAAAACUCCAUCGAAUUUUAAUGGAUGAGCUGUCAGCUGUUCAAGGAAAUUCAACCGUUGGACAAAGACAGUCCAUAAUUGAAGAAAUUCAGACGGUUCUGAAGUAUGCUUUGGAAAGAAAUAAACAACGCACUCACACCCAUGCCAAUGUGAAAUUUAUGGAUGCGUGGAGACAAGCUGUUGGUGUACUCUUCUGUGUGGUACCACUUGAAAUCUUGCCCUGUCCUGGCCGUUUGCAGAUCAUUCUUGAUACCGUUCAUCUUUUGAUCAAUAAGGUAUUGAUGGGGCAAAUGACAAACGAGCUUGCAAAUCUCACAUCAAGUGCUCUACUUUUACUUUUGGAAAAUCUUCGUCAUUCCUAUGUACUUGGUGAACGCCCUGAAAGUGGUAGUUCAACCCUAGGCCAUUCCCAAUCAAUGGCCAAUGGAAGACCAGAUAAUGACUGCAUGGUCUUGGCUGGUGGUCUUGUAAAUGCUAGCCUCUCUGAGACUACUGCCCAAGGUGGGCAAGGCAGUGGCAAUGGACGAGCUGUGUUGGAAGAAAACACUGCUAAACUAAAUGUAAUUUUGUCUGGAAUUUUGCAGUGGAUGCUGGGAUCUGGUGUUGCCUCUCAAAAGCUUCGGGCAAAUUUGUACAGCUCACUUCUUAGUUUUAUGCAUAUUGUUUGUCUUCCUGAAAAAACUCGUUCAGAGGAUCACGGCUUCAACCUGAUUCUCCCUGAUCCUUCCAUUUCCAUGGGAAGUGUAACCAGCAUGUCAUUCAGUGUUACUGGAAGCCCACUAAGGCAAGAGAGGAAAACACCUCUACAAGCCAGUUUAGAUUUAGUUCUAGGAUUUGGUGAAGGGGUUGUUGAUGUCAUGUGCCAUGAUGGAACUGGGGGACAUGACAUGUGCAAGAUGUUGGCCCUGUCAUGCUUGGAUAAGCUGAUUGAACUGGAUCCUCAUUCUUCUUGGGUGUCAUUUUUAUCUGGAAGAGGUUACCUUAAACAUUUUAUCGACUCCCUCCUGGAUUCAGAUGGUCAGCUAGAAUCAAUGCUACAUGCUUCUCCAGAAUCCCUUCGACCACUUUAUGUAUAUGAAAGUAAAAUGGCUCUACUUUGUCGGGUUGCAUCUACUCGAACUGGAGCUGAAAUGCUUUUAGAACAGAAAGCUCUUGCUGUCAUGGCAUCCAUGAAAGUGUUUGACCAUCAUCCUAUAAUGCAUGCAGGAGCUGCUGAUUCAUCUUCUGCUGAUUUUAUCCCUUCAGUUGGUAAUCGCUAUCUUCAAAUUCUUCUUCCUGCCUUGCAUCUUUGUGAUGCUGUUUUGACAACACUGGGAAUGGAGAAUUUAUCCUGUGUGGUACAAGUCAUCCACUUCCUUCUUAGUCAUGUUCAAACUGUGGGAUUGGUUUUGGGAUCUGCAAGUCCGUUUCUACCUCUAAGCUAUUUGAAGGAACUUGUACAUGUCACAGCUGUUAUUGCACGGUCUGCAAAUCAAGAACUCUAUUCGACACAGCCAGAUUCUCCCGUCCCAGCAGAGAGAGAUCGCAAAGCUCAUUUGUUACGCAUCCAAACCUUGAUGUUGGCUCUUUUCCCCCAUUUCAUAAUUUCUGAACCUUUAAUGCGUAAAUUGAAAGGCUUUGGAACUUCCACUCUUGGUGAUGCAAGGAAUGUUGAAGAAAUUUCACAAAAUGCUGAUGAAAGAGGAGAAGCUGUUCUGUAUGUGCUUCAAGUUGCUGCCCACCUUCUUCUUUAUGCCCGAAACUUGGCCGGUCAAACUGCACCAGAUCAGCGAAAUGUUCAACCUUUAUUCAGACCUUCAAUGGCCACUCAACAUACUCAAUCUGUUGGUGACUAUAGCAGUCGAAGCAUUGGUUUAACUGGGAGUGGUGAGCGUGUCAGUGAAGCACAACCAGCUUUGGGUGUUGUGGUUGAACAGCUAGUUGCUAGUGUUGCUCACUAUCAAAGUCAACGUAGAGAACUGGAAAUGUUGACUCGCAAACCAUCAUCCUUUUCAGAACUGAAUCCCAUGGAGCUACAGGACAUUUUACCGGAUGGAAUGAGCGCUCUGGAACAACGUGCUUUUACAGUCCAACAACUGAAAACCCAAGUGCAGCGCAAAGAACGCGAGCUGGCUCUGACAUCUUACAUUAUUGAUAAUUGCUUGUAUCUAGUUUGGCUUCAUUUAGACUUCUACUUGCACCGAGGUCUUCCUCAUCCUAGAUCAGGCAUAAACUUAGAUAGUUCCUUAGUUCAUGUUAUGGGUGUUCCUGUCAAUUCUGCCUGGCCAGUUUCCAGGGAGGAUAUUAGUCUUAUGAAGCAAAGUUUGGUAUCUAAGUUUAAUGAUAGUUUUAGUAAGGAUUUAGUAGAUACUAAGAAGAAUCAAUCGGAUAUUGAGAAGGGCUUCAUCGAAGCUCUACUACGCAGGAUCAAACGGUUACUUCAAUUUGUGCCUGUCAAGUAAAUAGUCUAUUUCCUUAAAAAUGAACUUAAUCCUCUGUAAUUUUGUAAAUAAAAUGAUUUUAAUCAAA